CGCCCUCCAGCUACGAAGGCUGUCUGGGAUCUCUAGACGCCUGGUUCGACAUCCCUAGGCCUAUCCAUUCUAUUCCGCCUCAAUGAUGGGCAGGCCGCGAAGAAAUGUCCGCUUCCAGCAUCGGGCCGCUACCACUGACGCCAGGCAGAGCUCUGACCUCAGCGACAUAUCAGAACCCCCCAGUCCCAACAAAAAUGGGGCUUCGAGAGGAAAUGAAGGGAUUUCGGAAGAGAAAUCCAACGAGCCUACUGUCUCCGAAUACGAAAAGAAGAAACAGACUUUCAUAACCCGGACGAUAUGGACAUUUGUUAUGAUCGCAGGUUUCUUCAUUGCCAUGUUCUCCGGCCACAUCUAUCUCAUUGCCAUCAUCACGGUUGUCCAGAUCAUUUCGUUCAAGGAGGUCAUCGCUAUUGCAAACGUCCCCAGCAAGGCCAAGAACCUCAAGUUCACCAAGUCGCUCAAUUGGUACUUCCUUGCAACGACAAUGUAUUUUCUGUAUGGAGAGAGCGUGAUAUAUUAUUUCAAGCACAUCCUACUCGUCGAUAAAGUGUUACUACCUCUGGCUACGCACCAUCGAUUUCUCAGCUUCAUGCUCUACGUUAUGGGUUUUGUCUUCUUUGUGGGGUCACUCCAGAAGGGGCAUUACAGAUUUCAAUUUACCCAGUUUGCUUGGACACACAUGGCUCUCUACCUCAUCGUGGUCCAGGCUCAUUUUAUCAUGAACAACAUUUUCGAAGGCAUGAUCUGGUUCUUCCUUCCUGUAUCUCUUGUGAUCACCAACGAUAUCUUUGCCUACAUCUGCGGCAUUACCUUCGGCCGCACGCAGCUCAUCAAAUUGUCCCCCAAGAAGACCGUUGAAGGCUUCGUUGGCGCGUGGAUAUGCACUAUCCUAUUCGGCUACGGCAUGACCAAUGUUCUUAUGAAAUAUAAAUACUUUAUUUGCCCCGUCAACGAUCUUGGCUCUAACGCCUUGACUGGUCUGGAAUGCAUCCCAAACCCCGUCUUCACGCCACGACCAUAUCACUUGCCGAGCUGGACGCCUUGGACAGAUUCACCUCCCAAAACCGUCCACUUGGCCCCCAUGCAAAUCCAUAUCUUCGUCUUCGCAACCUUUGCAUCUCUAAUUGCCCCAUUUGGUGGCUUCUUUGCCUCGGGACUGAAGCGUACCUUUAAAGUAAAGGACUUUGGCGAAUCGAUUCCCGGCCACGGCGGCAUCACUGAUCGUAUGGACUGCCAAUUCAUCAUGGGUUUUUUCGCAUACAUGUAUUACCAUAGUUUUAUUGCUGUUUACAAGGCCAGUGUGGGGAAUGUUAUCGAGAUGGCCAUCAAUGGUUUGACCGUUGAUCAGCAAUUAGAGGUUAUUCGGGGCCUGAGCAAGUAUCUAUACAAUCAAGGAGAGGUUUCCGAAAAUAUGUUCGAAUGCCUCAGCCAAGAUUUCCGCGUAAACCGAUAGAGAUUCGCCUUAUACAGCAAUAUAUAUAGUUACAUGGCUGCUUAAUACCCCCCCACUCCUCCGAAUCAUGAUCAAACUUCCUCUCCCGCCUAAAUCUCCCCAAGAAUCGUCUGUGUCUAUGAAAUUAUUGAUCCUUGCUUUUUUGAACCCCCUUCGCAGAUUCCAUUUUCUUAUGUUUGGCUUUUGAUUCAAUUCGAUUUAUUUUAGUAUUUUCACGUCGCUUUAUACAAAGCCCCUUUUCUUACUUAUUCUCCUAUAUCGCCUUGCAUCUCGUUACGACGAAAUUUAACCCGUUUGCUCGCUUCCAUUUCUUUCCUAAAACAAGUGCCUUUUCUCUGUCCUGGACCGCGAUCAUAUAUACUACCUUUUCUUUGUCCUUUUUCUUUUGUGUUCCCUUCUGAGACGCUUGUCGUCUAGGUCAUCCCCCUAGCCUUGGAUUCCUUCUCUUGAUUGCUUGAUUAAUUUAUAUGUUGAAAUUGGGAGAAAAUGCAACUAUACAAGUUGAAUUGCAUCUUUAAGCUGCUUAUCAACAGAAAUUGUAUUUUUUCGUGUUAGGAUUUUUUGUCUUCUUUUAUUCAAUGACAUUAUAAACACUUUUUCUAUUUUC